AUGAAUGUACAGAUAUACACUGUUAGUAAUAUAUAUAAAACAAAUAAAACCAACAGACUUUCUAUAAUUGAUUCCACUGAUCCAAUUAUAGAAGAUGUUGGGUCUUGUUGUAAAAGUAUGGAUAAAGUUAUUGAGACAAUACAAAAUUUUUAUCGAUUAAUAUUAUACCACUUUGAAAAAAUAAUAUUGGCGAGUUAUUAUAUGUAA